AUGUCCAAGAAACAUAUCGUUAUUAUCGGUGCUGGUGUUGGUGGCACGGCUACUGCUGCUCGUUUAGCUCGCGAAGGCUUCAAGGUCACUGUGGUUGAAAAGAACGACUUUGGUGGUGGUCGCUGUUCCUUGAUCCAUCAUGGAGGCCAUCGUUUUGACCAAGGCCCUUCUCUCUAUCUGAUGCCCAAGUAUUUUGAGGAUGCCUUUGCUGAUUUGGAUGAACGCAUUCAAGACCAUUUGGAGCUUCUGCGAUGCGACAACAACUACAAGGUGCAUUUUGAUGAUGGUGAGUCUAUCCAAUUGUCGUCUGAUUUGACACGCAUGAAGGCUGAAUUGGACCGUGUGGAGGGCCCCCUUGGGUUUGGCCGUUUCCUGGAUUUCAUGAAAGAGACGCACAUCCACUACGAAAGCGGCACAUUGAUUGCGCUCAAGAAGAAUUUCGAAUCCAUCUGGGACCUGAUUCGCAUCAAGUAUGCUCCAGAGAUCUUUCGCUUGCACCUGUUUGGCAAGAUUUACGAUCGUGCCUCCAAAUAUUUCAAGACCAAGAAGAUGCGCAUGGCAUUCACGUUUCAGACCAUGUAUAUGGGCAUGUCUCCCUACGAUGCUCCCGCUGUCUACAGUUUGUUGCAGUACACGGAAUUUGCUGAAGGUAUAUGGUAUCCUCGCGGUGGUUUCAACAUGGUGGUCCAAAAGCUAGAGAUGAUUGCAAAGGCCAAGUACGAUGCCGAGUUUAUCUACAAUGCGCCUGUGGCCAAGAUUAACACCAAUGAUGCCACCAAACAAGUGACAGGUGUAACCUUGGAAAAUGGCCACAUCAUCGAUGCCGAUGCGGUUGUUUGUAACGCAGAUCUGGUGUAUGCUUAUCACAAUCUCUUGCCUCCUUGCCGAUGGACGCAAAACACAUUGGCUUCCAAGAAAUUGACCUCUUCUUCUAUUUCCUUCUACUGGUCCAUGUCUACCAAGGUGCCUCAAUUGGACGUGCACAACAUUUUCUUAGCCGAGGCUUAUCAGGAGAGUUUCGAUGAAAUCUUCAAGGAUUUUGGCUUGCCUUCUGAAGCUUCUUUUUACGUCAAUGUGCCUUCCCGUAUUGAUCCUUCUGCUGCCCCCGAUGGAAAGGACUCUAUCAUUGUCUUGGUGCCUAUUGGCCACAUGAAGAGCAAGACAGGCGAUGCUACGACCGAGAAUUACCCAGCUAUGGUGAACAAGGCACGUAAGAUGGUGUUGGCUGUGAUUGAGCGUCGUUUGGGUAUGUCUAAUUUUGCAGAUUUGAUUGAGCAUGAGCAAGUCAAUGACCCCGCUGUAUGGCAAAGCAAGUUCAAUCUUUGGCGAGGUUCUAUUCUGGGUCUUUCUCAUGAUGUGCUUCAAGUGCUCUGGUUCCGUCCGAGCACUAAGGAUUCUACCGGUCGUUAUGAUAACCUAUUCUUUGUGGGUGCAAGCACGCAUCCCGGAACAGGUGUCCCCAUUGUACUUGCAGGAAGCAAAUUAACCUCUGAUCAGGUUGUCAAGAGUUUUGGAAAGACUCCCAAACCAAGAAAGAUUGAAAUAGAAAACAAGCAAGCACCUUUGGAGGAGCAAGAGGUUGUGUCAGGAUUCUCUGUUUGGGUCUGGUUGCGUGCUGCUUUCUGGAUCAUGUUUAUCUUCUUUUAUUUCUUCCCCCAAUCCAACGGCCAAACACCAGCAUCUUUCAUCAAUAAUUUGUUACCAGACGUAUUCCGCGUUCAUAACUCUAAUGUCAUUUAA